AUGCCACGGGAUAGAUGGAACGUAUCGACAAGAACAAAUACAGCCUUGCAACCUUGGCGGGGCAAAAACGCCGUCACCUCCUGCGUUUCAGGGUCGCAGACUACGGAUACGCCGAACCAGGUCGCCGGCGUAUCGACAGCUCCCCCAGCCGCCAGUCUCAUUAGCCGCUACGAGUGCCUGGCAUGGACAGAUCUUGCAAAUCUGCGGCGCCUUCGCGCCCACCCGCUGUUAUUUCCGGAACACCUUACCACCUUAACCUACUGUGUAAUACGCCACAUGUCAAUCCAAAUUCCCAAGCAGACGGUGCGCCGCUCUCAACGGUUUCGGUGCGGCGGCUCGAGUUUGGUAGUGAUUGGCGUCGGGGGCGUCCGUCAUGAGACCUCCCCAUACCUCCACUUUGGGAUACCGCUUCGUUGCAUUGAUGACGUCCUCUGCGUGGCUGCGAUGGGCUUGGGCGCGUCGAUUUGGCUCCAUCAGAGCUUCCAAAUCACAGAGGGUUACAAGUCAGUGACAAUCUCCGCAAACCCCAUCUAUGGCGUAUGCGAAUAUCCCAUUUUCACAGCAGCAUACACAAGAGCGUUUCUUCUCGUGAAGACUACCCGUACUCUCUUCAGCCGUGUCGUUGAACUUGUUGCACGGGUUUCGUCUGAUCGCCGCGUCUUCUGGAAUUCUCAGCCUCCCCGGUCCCUGUCAAACGGGCCGAGACGAAGCGUCAUCUCUACUCAUUUUCCCCCUCGGGCCCCUCUCCCUUUCUCUGCGGGGACCGACACGAUGAACCGCUAUGGAAUUUUGACUUCUGACUCUGCUACGGUACGGUAG